AGCAAACUCCCUCAAACUUAGACAGCAGCGAGAGUGCGAAUCACUAAAAUGUUGUCAUCCUCAACCUCAAGGUUCACUUUCAUUUUUAGGUAUUCUCUUCUCCAUAUCCCUAAUUUUGUUUCCUUCCCUUCCUCUUCAUCCCUUCACUAUCAUUCUACUCGCCAAGUUGAUGAAGCUAUUCAUUCCUUCACUCGCAUGCUCUCUAUGCGUCGCCCUCCAUCCAUCAUCCAAUUCACCAAGAUUUUGGGAUCUCUUGCCAAGACCAACCAUUUCCCCACCGCCGUUUCCCUUUUUCAGCAAUUGCAAGCCAGGGGAAUUGCGCCCAGCAUAUUCACUUUGAAUAUCUUAAUCAAUUGUUGCUGCGGCAUGGGUCGUAUGACGCUUGCUUCCUCUGUAUUGGCCAAGAUUUUCAGAAUGGAUUAUCAACCUGAUACGGUAACAUUGACAACAAUCCUGAAAGGUCUCUGUCUCUGUGGUAGUGUUGAAAAAGCAGUGCGCUUUCAUGACAGAGUGCUAGCUCAUGGAUUUCACUUCAACCACGUCACUUAUGGGACCUUGAUCAAUGGGCUCUGCAAGACCGGACACACAUCAGCUGCUAUUCAAAUGUUGAGAAAGAUCCCACGGUAUGGCAUUGCUCCUAAUGUCUUCAUGUACAGCGCAAUUAUUGAUAGCCUCUGCAAGGAUACACUUGUAAGUCAGGCUUUUUAUUUAUUCUCUGAGAUGCUUGCUAAGGGAAUUUCUCCUAAUGUUAUCACAUACAGUUCUCUCAUUUUUGGAUUGUGUCUUGUGGGUCAAUUUAAGGAAGCCAUUGAUUUGUUAAGUGAUAUGGUGCUUAGAAACAUUACUCCUGAUGUUUAUACCUAUAAUACUUUGAUUGAUGGGCUAUGCAAGGAAGGAAAGAUCAAAGAUGCUAAGAGUGUAUUGGCUGUAAUGACAAAACAUGGUGUGAAACCAGAUGUGGUUACUUAUACCAGCUUAAUGGAUGGAUAUUGUUUGGUUAAUCAGGUAAAUAAGGCAAAAUAUAUAUUCAACACAAUGGCCCAAACUAGAGUGUCACCCAAUGUUCAAAGUUACAGUAUCAUGAUUAACGGCUUCUGCAAAAGUAAAAUGGUCGAUGAAGCCUUGAAUCUCUUUGAAGAAAUGCGUCGUAAGUACUUGGUUCCAAACACGGUAACUUACAGCACUGUUAUUGAUGGCUUGAGCAAAUCGAAGAGAAUCUCCCGUGCUUUGGAGCUUCUUGUCGAGAUGCAUGAUAGAGGUCAACCCGCUGAUGUAGUCACUUACAAUUCGUUGUUGGAUGGGAUGUUCAAAAACCAACAACCUAACAAGGCAUUUAUGUUAUUCAAUCAAAUGAAAGAGUGUGCCAUUGAUCCAGAUAUAUACACUUACAGUAUACUUAUAGAUGGCCUAUGCAAAGGUGGAAGACUUAUAGAUGCAAAAGAGAUUUUUCAAGAUCUUUCUGUUAAAGGCUAUCGUCCAAAUGUGAGGACAUACAAUAUUAUGAUCAAUGGGCUCUGCAAAGAGGGCUUGAUUGAAGAAGCAUUGGCACUCUUGUCAAAAAUGGAAGGCAAUGGUUGCUUACCAGAUGCUGUGACUUUUGAAACUGUUAUCCGUGCUUUGUUUGAAAAAGAUGAGAAUGACAUGGCGGAGAAACUUCUUCGGGAAAUGGUUGCUAGAGGCUUAUUGAAUUGAUAAAAGAAGAGGAAGAUACUGUUGAGAUGGCCCUCGAUACUGCCCGAGGAAUAAACCAUUUGCACAACUGCACUCGAGUGAUUGUACACCAUGAUUUGAAGUCACUAAAUCUUCUUGUUGAUAAAAAUUGGGUUGUGAAGUUAUGUGAUUUUGGCUUAUCAAGAAUGAAGCACAGUACAUUCCUUUCUUCCAGAUCAACUGCAGGAACAGCCGAGUGGAUGGUGCCUGAAGUGUUAAGAAAUGAACCUUCAAAUGAAAAGUGCGAUGUUUAUACUUUGGAGUCAUAUUAUGGGAGCUCUCUACUUUGCAACAGCCCUGGGGUGGAAUCAAUCGAUGCAAGUUGUGGGUGCUGUCGGUUUCCAGCAUCGUUGCCUUGUCAUUCCAGAUGAUAUGGACCCUGCUAUCACGGAUAUUAUCAAGCAAUGCUGGCAGACGUGAGUGUACUCUUCAAUCAUUUUAUCUGUAUUCUAAGAUAUCAGAACUCUUGCUUAUAGCAUUCUGAAAACCGCUUGUUCUAUCGGAUAUGAAUAAUCACAUGAAAGGAAAUACACAUCUGAUCUUGCCAAGGUACAGUUUUGUUUCAAUAUAACCAUUUUUUUAAUAAAAAAUCCUUAUAAAGUGCAAGCCAGUUUCAACAAACCCCUGUAAUGACGACUCGUUGUUUUCUCUAAAGAUUUUUAUGCAUGAUAGGGACUUGAUUACACAAUUUUUAAACUAGAAGACUUGGUUGAAAAAUAUUUGUACAGCAUAUGGACUUAAUUGAAAACUUCUAGACUACAGGGAUUUGUCGAAAAUAUUUCGCAUAUACAGGAUGCCCUUGCAAAUGUUUAAGCUUUAGGAACCUUUAUAAUACUUAACCUACAAUCAUGGUUGGUGUGAUAUGAUACUCUUUUGUGCAGUAGAGAUCCAAAGUUGAGAACUACAGAAAUAAUGGCGGCGCUGAAGCCGUUGCACAAGCCGAACAUUGGUUCUCAAUCUGAAGUGUCGAAACCAGGUAGGCAUGAGAAGGCUCAGUCAUCAAGAGUUGGUGCCGACUCAGCUAACCAUAUCUUUUUCCAUUUUUGCUGAUAAAGAAAAUGAUGGGAAGACGAGUUGUAUAGUAUUUUUGCUCAUUCAGUUCUGUAAUUCUUUUCAGUCUUGU